AUGUAUCGUCGAAGUCCAGCAGUCGUCGCUGUCCGUUUGCUUGGUUUGGCUUUUAUCGCUAUUUCUCGCAACCAAGAACGAAAUAAACAGCCUUUUCUCCGGUCGAUCCUUAUAUAUCAUCACUUCUUUUACGUGUCUCCCCACUAUUCGCUCUUCUUUCUUUUCUCGCUCUCCUUUCUUUUCUCGCUCUCCUUUCUUUUCUCGCUCUCCUUUCUUUUCUCGCUCUCCUUUCUUUUCUCGCUCUCCUUUUUCCCCCACUUUUCUCUGGUUUCUUUUUCCCCCCACCUCUCUCUGGUUUUUUUCCUUUUAACCUCUCUCUGGUUUCUUUUUCCCCCCACCUCUCUCUGGUUUCUUUUCCCCCACCUCUCUCUGGUUUCUUUUUUCCCCCCACCUCUCUCUGGUUUCUUUUUCCCCCCACCUCUCUCUGGUUUCUUUCACCCCCCCACCUCUCUCUGGUUUCUUUCACCCCCCCACCCUCUCUGGUUUCUUUCACCCCCCCAACCUCUCUCUGGUUUCUUUCACCCCCAACCUCUCUCUGGUUUCUUUCUUUCAACCUCUCAAAAACCUCCCCAACCUCUCUCUGGUUUCUUUUGUCCCCCCCAACCUCUCUCUGGUUUCUUUCCCCCCCCCAACCUCUCUCUGGUUCUUUUUUCCCCCCCCCCAACCUCUCUCUGGUUUCUUUUGUCCCCCCAACCUCUCUCUGGUUUCUUUUUCCCCCCCCAACCUCUCUCUCCACACACACACCCCCCCACCUCUCUCUGGUUUUUUUUGUCCCCCCAACCUCUCUCUUCUUUUGCCCCCCCCCCCACCUUUUUUUGUCCCCCCACCUCUCUCUGGUUAUUUUGUCCCCCCCCAACCUCUCUCUCUGUUUCUUUUGUCCCCCCCAACCUCUCUCUGGUUUUCCCCCCACCUUUGGUUUGUCCCCCACCUCUCUCUGGUUUCUUUGUCCCCCCCCUCUCUCUGGUUUCUUUUGUCCCCCCCCCCCUCUCUCUGGUUUCUUUUUGUCCCCCCCACCUCUCUCUGGUUUCUUAA